CAUGUGCUCUCUGCUGAUAAAUAUUAAUAAAAUAUUAAAAUAUACAAUUCCACGCUUAACACUCGUCAAGAAAUAUGCCUCAACUGAAUGCAUACCAUCGAAAACGACUAGACUCUGCAAGACAUUUGAUGUUACUGAUCACACUUACGAUGUGCUUGUUGUUGGGGCUGGAGGGGCCGGCCUACGUGCAGCGCUGGGGGCCGCUGAAAUGGGAUAUAAUGUAGGAGUUGUGACCAAGAUGUUUCCGACUAGAUCGCAUACAGUGGCUGCUCAAGGAGGAAUAAACGCCGCCCUUGCAUCUAUGGGUGAAGACUGCUGGAAAUGGCACAUGUUCGAUACCGUGAAAGGUUCUGAUUGGCUUGGGGACCAAGAUGUCAUACAUUACAUGACUCGGGAAGCGGCAAAUGCAGUUUUUGAAUUAGAAAAUUAUGGUAUGCCAUUCUCUAGAACUGCGACUGGAAAAAUAUAUCAGCGGCCAUUUGGCGGCCAAUCUCUUGAUUAUGGUAAGGGGGGCAAAGCGUCUCGCACAUGUGCAGUCGCAGACAGAACUGGCCACAGUAUGUUACAUACGUUAUACGGACAAAGUUUGCGAUUUACUUGCGAUUAUUUUGUCGAAUAUUUUGCUCUUGAUUUACUGAUGAAAGAUGGGACUUGUCAAGGAGUUAUAGCUUAUUGCAUGGAAGAUGGAUCUUACCACAGAUUUCAAGCUAAAAAUACGAUUCUUGCGACGGGUGGUUUUGGGAGAAUUUAUAAAUCAUGCACCUCUGCACAUACCUGCACAGGUGAUGGUGCUGCAAUGAUGAUCCGCGCCGGACUCCAGGUACAGGAUAUGGAAUUUAUCCAGUUUCAUCCUACCGGCAUGUAUCCAGUGGGAUGUUUGAUAACUGAAGGUUCACGCGGCGAGGGUGGGUAUUUAGUAAACUCCGAAGGUGAGAGAUUCAUGGAGCGGUACGCACCGUCUGCUAAAGAUUUAGCAUCAAGAGAUGUUGUGUCACGUGCGAUAACCCUGGAGGUUUUGGAAGGUCGUGGUGUUGGUCCGGGGAAAGAUCACGUUCAUCUUCAACUAUUUCAUUUACCUCAUGAUAUUAUAUUGAAACGAUUGCCGGGCAUUCGCGAGUCCGCAAAAAUAUUUGCCAACGUUGAUUGUUUAAAUGAAUCAAUCCCGGUUCUACCCACUGUUCAUUUUACAAUGGGAGGUAUACCUACUAAUUAUCUGGGUGAAGUUAAGCAAUACUGUGGGGAUGAUGAUUUAAUCGUCCCGGGUUUACUUGCCGCGGGUGAAUGUGGUAGUUCCAACGUUCACGGCGCAAAUAGAUUGGGUGCAAAUUCAUUGCUGGAGCUGGCCGUUAUGGGCCGUGCUUGUGUGGAAGCAAUUAAAUGUAAGAACAAGCCGGGUGAAAAAAUGGAUCCAUUACGUACUGAUGCUGGUGAAGAAUCGUUGGUACAUGUAUAUGAACUAAUGAAACGCCGAAACGGUAUUCCUGCAACGGUUUUACGCGAAAAAAUACAACAUACAAUGCAAAAUUUUGCUGCCGUCUUCCGCACAAAAGAUCUUUUGUGUCAGGGUAUUGAACAAAUGCAGAAACAUUGGGACUUGGUGAACUGUUUAAUAGUCCCCGAUAAGGGUAAAGUUUGGAAUUCCAACAUGGUUGAGACGUUGGAAGUUGAGAAUCUUAUUUUAAAUGCAAUGCCCACUAUUAUUGGUGCUGAAGCGCGCAAAGAAUCACGUGGGGCCCAUUCUAGAGAGGAUUAUCCUACUAGAAUAGAUGAAUUUGACUAUGCAAAGGAGUUAGAUAACCAACAGAGAAAGCCUUUUGAUAGUCAUUUUCGGAAGCAUACAAUUGCUUAUAUGGAUUGCAAAACAGGAGAGGUUUGUUUGACCUACCGGCCUGUGAUUGAUUGUACUUUAGAUGAAAUUGAAUGCCCAAGCAUUCCUCCCAAAACAAGAACAUAUUAAUUUGUGUCAGCGUAUGUUGCUAACAUAUAUUAAAUUUAUGAAUUUGAAUAA